CACAAAAGAACAGGAAAGCCCAGGGAGCCCGAAAACCCUCCAUGGGGGAAAAAAAAGGGUAGUUUUGAGAAGAGGAGAGGAAGAAGGGGAAAUAGAGGGUUUUUCUUUCUCUAUUUGGAUCUAUCUCUAUCCUAGAUUCGUCUUCUCUUCACGGGCUUCUUCCAAUGGAGGGUUUCUUCGGGAAGCUGCGGAACCUGGAUGCCUACCCUAAGAUCGAUGAGGAUUUCUACAGCCGGACGCUCUCCGGCGGCAUCAUCACCAUUAUGUCCUCCAUCGUCAUGUUCCUCCUCUUCAUCUCCGAACUCAGAUUGUAUCUUCAUGCCGUUACAGAAACAAAGCUUGUGGUGGAUACUUCAAGAGGAGCAAGACUUCGUAUCAAUUUUGAUGUCACCUUCCCUGCCCUUCCAUGUUCUAUGCUCAGCCUUGAUGCCAUGGAUAUCAGUGGAGAAGAGCACCUUGAUGUAGGGCAUGAUAUUGUUAAGACACGGAUAGAUUCCCAUGGCAAUGUUAUUGAAGCUAGACAAGAUGGGAUUGGUGCACCCAAGAUUGACAGGCCUUUACAAAAACAUGGUGGGAGGCUUGAACACAAUGAGACAUAUUGCGGAUCUUGCUAUGGUGCAGAAACGUCGGAUGAAGAUUGUUGCAACUCUUGUGAAGAAGUUCGUGAAGCAUAUAGAAAAAAAGGUUGGGGUUUGUCAAACCCUGAUUUGAUUGAUCAGUGCAAAAGGGAGGGUUUUCUUCAGAGGAUUAAAGAUGAAGAAGGUGAAGGAUGCAACAUCUACGGUUUUUUGGAAGUCAAUAAGGUGGCUGGAAAUUUUCAUUUUGCCCCAGGAAAAAGUUUCCAGCAGUCGAAUAUGCACGUGCAUGACUUGCUACCAUUCCAAAAAGAGAGUUUUAAUAUUAGCCACAAGAUUAAUAGAUUAGCUUUUGGAGAAUACUUUCCUGGCGUUGUAAAUCCUCUUGAUGGAGUGCAAUGGGCACAACAAGCACCAUAUGGAAUGUAUCAAUAUUUUAUCAAGGUUGUUCCUACUGUCUAUGCAGACAUAAGUGGGCGUACCAUCCAGUCCAAUCAGUUUUCUGUAACAGAGCAUUUUAGGAGUGAUGAUAUUGGUCGAAUUCAAUCUCUUCCUGGAGUGUUUUUCUUUUAUGAUCUUUCACCAAUCAGGGUGACCUUCACAGAGGGACAUGUAUCAUUCUUACAUUUCUUGACCAAUGUUUGUGCGAUAGUUGGAGGUAUAUUUACUGUUUCUGGAAUAUUAGAUUCAUUCAUCUAUCAUGGUCAGAGGGCAAUCAAGAAAAAGAUGGAACUCGGAAAGUUGAGUUAAUUAUUGAACUCUUGUGUAACCUUUUACGCUUGCCCGCCAAACAGCCUUGGUCAGGGAGGAUUCUUGCAGAUGGAUGGGCAUUGGAGGGCAUCAACUCACAAUGAACCAUCUCAGUAAACAUAGACAAUUUAUGGGAUUGGGUCUUUUUUUUUUUUGGUUUCUCUAUGAUGCACGCUGAAUGGUGGUUGUGUUGUGGAUCUUAAAGACCGCUUGAAAGCUGUCAGCCUUUGUAUUCUAGUCAUGUAAAAAUGGUGAGUUGCUGGUGGAGCAGUGGCAGUGAUCACUCAGAAAUUUCUGUAACGGAUGACAAAGAACUACUUGAGGUGUUUCACAGUUUUAAAAAAAACAAACGAAUGAAUUUUUCCAGAAAUUGUGUUGCAA